CUGCAGGUUACUGCACAGCAUCGAGCUGAACGCACACUCCGGCUCCUCAUUGUUCACGAGGCUUCCCAGCUCCCAGGCAGCGUACCGCAGAGACGCGGAAACACACCCAGCCGCCGGCCCCGUUCCUCCCGCUGCGCGCCCGUCCUCCGCCCGGCCUCGUUCCCAACCGGCUCCGUUCCGUGCCGCCAGUCGCCAUGGCAAACACCGUAUCAGCCUACAAGGAGAAGAUGAAGGAGAUGUCCAUGCUGUCGCUGAUCUGUUCCUGCUUCACCGCUCAGCCCCAUCCCAACAGCACCUACCAGUAUGGAGACAUGGAGGUGAAACCCAUCAACAAGCGGCUCUCGGGACAGUCCUUCGAGGUGAUUCUCAAAGCCCCCGGCGACCUGUCCCCCGACCGCCCCCUGCCGCUGUCUUCGCCCCCCAGGAAGAAGGACAUGUCCCUGGACGACCUCCAGAAGAGGCUGGAGGCGGCGGAGGACCGGAGGAAGCUCCAGGAGGCCCAAAUCUUGAAGCAGCUGUCUGAGAAGCGGGACCAUGAGAGGGAAGUGCUGCACAAGGCCCUGGAGGAGAACAACAACUUCAGCAAAAUGGCAGAGGAGAAGCUCAACUACAAGAUGGAGACCAGCAAGGAGAACCGCGAGGCCCACCUUAAUGCACUCAAGCUGAGGCUGCGCGAGAAGGAGAGACACGCCGCUGAGGUCCGCAGGAACAAGGAGCUGCAGGCGGAUCUUUCCGGUUGAAGACAUUUUCUACAAUUUUCCGGGAGAGAUACCUGUGUCGGAAG